GUUGGAGGGGAUCGUCCGGGAUUGGCCGCCAUCAUCGAUACGGCCAUUCGCCAUAUUCUCUUUGUGUAAUCCGCAGUUCGUGAAUUGUUCGUUCGUAUCUUGUGUUGCUCCGUACGCGUUUCCGCGUAGAUUUCGGCGUGACUUCCAACGAGGGUCGGCGCGGUAUCCAAACGGGAGGAUGAGUUACGGUAGGCCACCGCCCCGCAUCGACGGGAUGGUUUCCCUGAAAGUCGACAAUCUUACGUACAGAACAACGCCGGAAGAUCUGAGACGCGUGUUCGAGCGAUGCGGCGAGGUCGGCGACAUUUACAUCCCUCGCGAUCGCUUCACGCGCGAGAGUCGCGGGUUUGCGUUCGUCAGAUUUUAUGAUAAGCGUGACGCAGAAGAUGCAUUGGAUGCCAUGGAUGGAAGAUUGUUAGAUGGCAGGGAACUGCGUGUUCAGAUGGCGCGAUAUGGACGUCCUACGUCCCCGCAUCGUAGUCGUGGAAGUCGUCGUCGUGGCAGAUCACGAAGCAGAAGCAGGGAUCGCAGACGAUCCCGAUCUCGAUCUCGCAGUAGGUCUCGCAGCCGCGAUAGAGACCGCAGGCGCUCCUAUAGUCGUAGCCGCAGUCGCUCUCGCUCGGACAGCAAGAGCUCACGCGGCAAAUCACGCUCUCGCAGCAAGUCUCAGGACAGGCAGAAAGACAGUCGCUCCAAAUCCAGGGACUGAGCUUUUAUCGCAGCGAGACAAGACAAUGAGUUCGCACGCAUCCAACGAGUGCCGAAUAAUCUAUGUUGAGAUUUGAAAAAAAAAAGGUAUUCCAUCAACUUCUAUAGCAACACUGUCGCACGCUUCUUCACACGUUCUUCUAUCAUUUGAAUACAUAUAUAUAUGUCUAUAAAUAUUAUAUACAUAUGAAAAUAUACGUAUGUGUGGAUUAAUAAUUACAUAUCUCUCCAACUCGGAGGCGUGAUUAGUUUUCUCUAUAACAUGUAUUUUUUUUCUACGUGCUUUUUCCUUAUUCGCGCUAUUGCUGUUUCGUUGUGCAAGAAUUAUCAGCAAAGUAGUUCCCGUUUUACCGAUUAAAUUAAUUCGUCAUGAUCCCGCUCGCGUGAUGGUCUUAACUUUGGAUCGCACUUCCGUAAUUUAAUAAGCAAUUCUAGUUGAUAAAACAUUAUUACCUUUACUUAAGAUUAUGUAUCACGUGAGACCCAUCAAAUAUACAUGUACCGCAUUUGCUUUAUACUUAAUUGGCAUUAAUAUAGAACGAGAGAGCAAAAAGGCCUUCUGCUAUAUUUUAUUCUUAUAUUUUCGAAAAUCGCACAUCUAUACUCUUCAAUCAUGUAACAUUAUGACGACAAGGCUUGGUACACACUUGGUAAACGUUGUUGAUAAACAUUUGCGUGACGUACUCAGAAAAUUCACGUAUGUAUUAUCAGUUACAACUGCAGUUUGUGCAUAACUUCUUAAAUGACAUUUAAAACUAAAAGAAAAUUGAAUGCAAGACAACGACUGUAUUGCACAGAUAUCAUUAGUUUUGCAUUGAGCAUAUUUUAUCUUAUCUAACGAAGAACAUGUUGACCAGGUUGCCACUUUGAUUCACCGGGUAAAAUUAGUUGGGUAAAUUGCAAAGAUGAUUUUUAGUUCUGACGUUUAUCCUUCAUUGAGAAUAUUAAAAUCUUAUCUUCGCCAGUGAAUUGGAUAUGAAGAAAAAACCAGUUUUUUAGUCCACCUGUUUAUGCUUCAUAUUUUCUUAUUAGUAAAAAGAGAAAAGUAACAUGUGAAGUGCACAAUCUUUUGGAAGAAACAAUUUAGAAAAUAAUCCUUGAACGACAUUUCGAAAAAUUGAGAAAGAGUAAUUUCCAAUGUUCUCUCGCCGUUUGCUAAUAAUGUUUGCCAACAAUGUCUUUAGGUGUAUGUACUAGGCGCAGGGGGAAAAUCUUUAAUUCGACCUGAGAAUGGAUUCAAAGUUUUAGGUUUUCUCUCACGCACGACAAUACAUUAGAAGUAAGUUUUGCGUUGAUAGGCAAUCGCUCAUGUAAGUCCGCACACCGUAGACUCAUUUGUAAUAAAGCGCAGUGAAUUGACAGAUCCGUCUACGUAUCCCUUGUUUUUCCUAUGUGGAUUUCAAUGUGUAACACGCUCGAUCCAUUUAGAUUUUGCGUUCAGGUCUUUAUUCGGCAGAAUAAACUUCUAUUACAGUUAAAAUAUAACUGCUAAGAAUCAAGUUGUAUCGUAAAAUAGUUUUUACUAGGGUACAGAUCUCAGGCACUACCAAAAUAGCUGGCCAUUACUCACUCCGCUUUCGUUAGCAAGGAUAAUCGCAUAAAUUCUCGUUAGCUCUACGCAGCGUCGUUACGCUACAUGUCAUAGCUGACAAACAAAAGAUAACAUGAUUUCUUGUUUUAUACUAGGCACAACGCACAAUUCUUUCAGGUUAAUAUAAGCAAAAAAUAUUUUUUUCUUGGGUUUGGUAUGUACAGCAAUUUUAUAUUCAAUUGUGUAAACAGCGUUGUAAGCGAAAGAUGAUUUAACUCCAUAAAAAGAUUCCGACAGUUUAUAGCCAACGGAGAUAUAUACAUAUAUAUACAUCUGUGUAUAUAUUAUUAUCACGUAACAUAAUGCGAUAAAGCUGACGGUCAGCUGAUUCUUGAAAUUGUUACAUUUUGUUUGGAAAUCUAGGAGGCAUGAGGCUUGUAGUUCCUUGGAUUUGGGGGUGGUUUGCUGCGAGGUAUCGGAUUAGGUAUCUCGCGAAGGAUGAUACAAUGUGAUCGUGUACAUUUAUAAAAAUACGCACGAUUGUCGUUACAGUCAAAAUGCAUGUUAACAAUCCCACAAUUUCUCGUAAAAUAUUCUUAUUUUUAUUGUUUUACUAAUUGCUCAUUUGUGUAUUACGAUUGAUUUCUGCACAUUAUAUGCAGAAUGUUAAAAUAGAAGUAAUCGUAUUUUUAACAAUAUUUUGCCUAUCAACAUUUUGACUGCAACGUGUCCCUCAUAUUCCUAUCUUGAUCUACUUUUGCUUGUAUCCCUGCAUUAAAAAAAAAUAAAGAAAAUUAUUAUUCCUCUCA